AUGUGGACGGGGCUGCUACUUCUCUGCACAUAUUUCUACUACACAUUACAGGAUUCGCUCAAAUGCGGGGACAAGCGGCUGAAUGGCACUCUGGACAACUUUCCGCCCCCCAAUAGUAACAGCAAAGAUACCACAAUACGGGCUUUUCCUAAUCUCAGCGGAUGCAAACCCGUCACCGUCCCAAUCGAAAAAGGGAAUUUCUCCUACAUAAUCACCUGUUCUCCAGAUUGUCCUAACUGCAGUCAACCAUCACUAUUGGAAGGUUUUGCAUACCUCUUCGUGCUCCAGCCGUCCGAGGCCGGCCUCAAGAUCUCCCCCAAUUAUUCGACAUUCACCCUCAGAGACCCAGUUGAUCCGGCGUUUCUCGAGAAAUGCACAAUGGUUGAGUCGAAUGAAAACGAAGCUUUAAAGUCGUUCUCACGGACCUCAGUGCUUUUCGUGUCCAUCUCAUUUAUCAUUCUUAUGGUGAUCUCAUUAGCAUGGCUGGUAUUUUAUUAUGUCCAAAGAUUCCGUUAUGCUCAUGCGAAAGAUCGUCUACAAAGACGGUUGUUUAAUGCUGCCAAAAAGGCGCUAGCUCGAAUCCCGACCCGGACGCUCAAGGCCGGCGACGUCGAGCUGGACACAGACUGUCCAGUAUGCAUCGAUCCGUACGCGGCCGGCGAUAUUGUUCGCACAUUACCAUGCCGCCACGUCUUUCACAAGACCUGCAUCGAUCCCUGGCUACUAGAACAUCGCACGUGUCCCAUGUGCAAAGGCGACAUUUUGAAGGCGUUUGGAUAUCAGGUAAAUUGCUCAUCCGAAGGAUCUCGAGGCGAGGAUCGAGAAGCGGCAAACCGAGGAGAUUCCCCUGAACCGCCCUCGGCUGCUUCCGAUUCUGCCGUCUUCGCCUAUCCUCCACACCUCGAUCACAGCGAUCCAUUUCAUUUCACCCCAAAUUCCUCACCGCAAUUGGUGCUGAACAACAGCAACGCGAAGAGCUUCGUCGUCCCAUUGAGCGUCCAUUCGAAAGCGAUUGCGACCCCGCCCCGGGAAGUGGUACUGGAAGCAGCCCCGGAGCGGAACACGCGAUCUGAAGGGCGCUCAUGCUCGGCUGGGGAACCUGGACCAUCUGGGAGGGCUACUCGUUCAGCUACUCAGGGCCAGCUUGUCAAUCUUGUCCAGGUUCGUUCUCGCUCAAUGUCCGUCGCUCGGGCAGCAACUUUUCGUGGCCGCAUGGAAACUAUGAAAGAUGAAGCGAACUUUGACCCCAACUCCACAGAACCCAAACAACGCUCUGAUAGCACUGAAAGCAUC